AUGUCUUCGGUUACCGGAACGGCACGACGAAUAUGCUCAUGCCUAACCCUCGCUAGGACUGCGUUCGCUCCUAUAAGAAACCACGUCUCACGCAGUCUGUUUCCCCCCUUGUCACCCUGCCACUUCGCCCCUGUCGUCAAUCCCGACACGCUCCCCAUCUCCGAGACCCCCUCGUACUAUCCUGCGUUCAUCGUUUUCGUCAAUGUUGCCGCUAUCGCCAUGCAGCGCACGCUGCCCCCGAAGACCACGGACUGGCAAGACAAAUCUACAUUCAUCCGGCUGGCCUUCAAGACGGGAAUUAACACGAGCUCGGGGCAGCUCGCCGAAACAUUCUUUGGCGUUGGCACGGCUAGCCUAAAGAAGCUCACCCGGGACGAUCUCGUGAGAUACUACUGGAUCGUGGUGUUCAACAACGCUGAGCUGUACGGAGGGUGCGUUCUCGGUGAGUUCCGCGAUCGAGAGCGAAGAUGUGCUGAGCUGCGUCAGAUCUCCGCACUCGAGUAG